AUGGUUAUAGAAAACGGAAACGCAACUAAUAUUUCCAAUUGUUUAUGUGCUGUUGAUAAAGACAUUGUGUACAAUGAGAUUACGGGUAUAUCAGUUGAAAUUAAAAAACGUUUGCUUCCAAAUUUUAUUCCGACUGUUGGAAUCAUAACUGGAACAGGAUUAGAUACCAUCACUUCGCGAAUAACAGACAGUUUAACUAUACCUUACCAGGAUAUAAAGGGUCUUAGAUUUAGCAAAGUUGUAGGCCAUUCUAAUAUGAUAAUCGCGGGGAAAAUAGGCCCCCAUAAUGUUGUGUGUUUUGUAGGACGGUGUCAUUUCUAUGAAGGAUAUCCCAUGAAUGUGGUCACAAUGCCCGUUAGAAUAAUGAAAUUACUCGGCGUUGAAUAUUUAUUCGUAACAAAUUGUUGUGGUGGAGUCAAUCCAUCUUAUAAUCUGGGCGAUGUAGUUGUUAUUAAAGAUCACGUCAAUUUAGUCGGCAUGACUGGGAACAAUCCAUUAGUAGGAGAAAAUGAUGACCGAUGGGGAACCAGAUUUCCGCAUUUAUUCAAUGCUUACGAUUUCGAUAUGCGAAUGAAAAUUGCGAAGGUAUGCCAAAAAUUAGAUUACCCAUACAGAGAAGGGGUUUAUUGUAUGAAUACUGGACCCACUUAUCAAGCCAAAGCGGAAGGUCGUAUGCUUCUUAAGGUGGGCAUAGAUUUAGUAGGGAUGAGCACUUUACCCGAAGUCACAGUAGCGGCUCAUUGUGGAAUAAAAGCCUGCGCUUUUAGUAUUAUUGCUUCGGCAAUCAAAUAUGAUGAAUUCUCUUAUGAAAUAUUAGAAGAUGACGGGAGCGAUAAAACCAAAAUGGAGAAUGGUGCAUCAAAAAAGACAAAAUACGAGUAUAAAGUGGCAAAAAACGAGAUAUCUAUUGACCAUGAGAGCGUCGUGAACUCGGGUAAAAAGGGUGGCAAAAUUCUGGGACAAAUUAUUAAUGAUGUCAUUAUGAGUCUCGAUUAA